UUUGAAGCAACUAUUAUGACGCAACGCAUCGCUGCGAGAGAAGAAUGUCCGAGGAAAGUAAAAAGCAAAGCGAGAGCGAUUUCAGCAGCAUUCGAUUUAAUUUGUGUCGACAACUGUGGCGUGAAACAUCGUUCGGAUUUCACAAUGAAGGUUUUAGUCGUUGGGCAUUCAAAGACUGGUACCAAGUCGAUGAAUGCGGCUCUUCGUAAGCUAGGAUACAAAGUUUAUGAUUACGAACAUAAUUUUUACUAUCUAAGAAAUGAUUGGAUAAAGAUCUUCACAAAAGGCGGCACAAAAGAAGAUUUUUACCGAAUGUACAAAGAUGUUGACGUUAGUAUGGACAUUCCUGCAAAUAUAUUCUGGGAGGAAAUUUUGGAAGCAUUUCCAGACAUGAAGAUGAUAUUUAUGAAGAAGAAUAGCGAAGAAGAGUGGAUCAAAAGUUGGGAAAAACAGGCAAAAAGCAUUGCAGAUAACUAUUUAAUGACUGCACUUGCAUUUCUAUCGCCUACUGCAUAUUCAAUCUUCAACUAUACACAUCAUGUCGGUCGUGUUGCUUUUUGUGCACCACCGCAAAGAUUUUAUCAUGCGUUCCGAGGAAUAAGUCCAACCGUUGCAAAGAAAAGAUAUAGGGAUCACAACACCGGCGUCUUAGCGAGAGCUCCAAAAGAUCAAAUACUUGAAUUUAAAUUAAGCCAAGGAUGGGAACCUCUGUGCAAGUUCUUGGGAAAGCAAAUCCCAGAAGAAGAUUUCCCCCACAAAAACAGGAACGCAUCUGUGCUCCAAGAUCUAUUGAAUGAAAGUCCUGUCUUCCAUCAGAUGAAAUUUGAAAUGAAAAUUAUUGUAUCAGUUUUAGUUGUUCUUAUCGCGAUAGCAGUGUUUUAUUUCUUUUUUUAAAUGCUUAUACUCAAUCAUGGAUGAACAAAUACACGGCCACAAAGUAUUAGAUAUAUAUAUAUUUACUAAAUGCCACACAUGCAAUACCACCCGUGCACAAAUCUGCCUUCAAACACAGCUGUAAACUUUCUAUCGAUUAUCCUAUGUGAGAAAAACAUUUUGUGCGCAUUAUCAACGAUAUAGAUAUAAAUUUCAGUUCGACAAAUCUGUGAAAUAAAGAGUAAAUUCUGUCCGUAAUAUGUGUCGUUUGAAGACAGUUAUUCGAACCAAAGAAUUACUGCAAUAAUCCAGUUGUCAAUAUGAAAAAUUUGAUAUCUAUCCUCUCAACUUCAAUUAUCUUAGCAUAAAUUUGUGUUUGUAGAAAUAUAACAAACACCUUGCAAAUUUGCUGGUCACAUUCAAUGAAUAGAACAUAUGUGCUCGUUUAUCUGUCACAUUCCGUUAUUAAGCUGGCUUUCCUAAUUCUUUUCAAAGCUAAAAAUUAUAUCGAAAAGUUAUAUAAAAACUAAAGGAUAUGCUGAAUUGUUGUAAAAUGUAAUUUUUUGUAAUAUUUAUCUUCUUCAUAAUUUCAAUAAAUGGGUGUUAUUUUAUCUUCUUAAGUAAUUCAAUAGUUUUGCUGCACACUAACACUAAGGUGCUCCUGAAGUAUGCUCACCAAGAUGUCGCAUAACCUGAACCCUAUUCAAGUUGUGCGCCAUCUGAAGGUCCAACACUAAUAUAUUCCUGUAACGUUUCAACUGACCAAGAUCAGAUCAGACAUAGAUAGUUCAACUACAUAGUUGAACCAUGUAUAUCUGAGAAAGUCUGACCUUGGGUAGACGAAACGUAACAAAGGGAGAAGUAGUUAGUCUUGUAGAAACCCAAUUGAUAGCAUUAUUUUUUCUUGUAUGAAAAUGAAUAUAGUAUAAAUAAACUAAAUCCUUACCCCAUAUUCAAUUACAUUUUUAGAACUAACAAAUGCUACGAUUUGCGGUAUUUUAUUGCAUUGUACAAUAAAAUGAUUCAUACAUUUUUUACGCUUUUUAUUUCGUUAAAUUGAAUUGCUUUUCGUUGCAACACAGAAAUAUGGGUUUUAAUCUGAACGCUCGAUAUCAAAAUUAACAAGUUCGUUGUUGUACAGCGAGUAUUUGGCAAGCUAAACUGAUGAUUUCAUCGUUUAUAUUUUCAUAUAAAGUAGGCUAUAUGUGAUAUAUUGUAUCAGAUUAUCAUUUUUUUCGAUUGCUACUUACGUAAUACAAUAAUAUAAGUUUC